UCCUCCUCCUCCACCUCCUGUUCUUCCUCCUUCUCCCCUUCCUCCUCCUCUUCCUCCUCUCCCGCCUCCCCCCCUCAUUUCCCGCCGUCACCGCGGCUGCCUCUGCUGUCUGUGCCCCUCAGCGCCCCGGAGCCGCCCCGGCGCAGAAGCCAGAGGCAGAGGUAGAGGCUGCCGCCCAGGAGCCCGGGCUGGGGCAGCGGGGCCGGCCACUGGGUCCCAGCCGAGGUGGAGGGGGAGGGAGGAGGUGGAGGAGAGGCAGCUCACCCAUCCCUCUUCCUUCUCUCCUCUUCCUUCUCUCCUGCCUGCGGUCCUCACCCUCAAAGACCUUUCUCCUUUCCUGUCUCUGUCACACGCGCACGCACGCAAAUAUAACCCACAUCCCCGUCCCUACACAUUCAACCCCGCGAUCCCAGGGUAUUCCCCAGCGCCACCCCACUCCUGCCAUCCUCCGUCUCUUCCUUUGGCCCCGCACUCCCCAUCCUGCAUUCCUAUGGACAAACACCUGCAGGAAAGAAGCUGCUGAACCUGUAACAUGGAGGAUUGCCUUCAUACCUCAUCAGAAAAUCUUUCAAAACUGGUCAGCUGGGCCCAUAGCCAUGGGACCAUUUGUAGCCUCAUUCCAAAUCUGAAACAUUUGCUGUCUGAAGGUUCCCAUGGCAACCUGACAGCAAUGUGGGGCUGCAGUGCUGGCCAUGCUUAUCAUUGGCCUCUGACCGCCACUUGUAGAGCCGGAUCCCAGGAGAGGGUCUGUUUCCAGGACAACAGGAGUUUCAAUUCUGAUAGUCCCAGUAUCAUUGGUGUGCCCUCUGAGACACAAACCAGUCCUGUAGAAAGGUACCCUGGGAGGCCAGUGAAAACUAAGCUGGAUUGUAACAGAACUAGAGACUCUUGUGAUUUUUCUUACUGUAGUGAGCCUUCAGAAUUGGAUGAAGUUGUGGAAGAAUAUGAAGAUGAAGCAACUCUUUUUGACAUGGUUUGUGAGUCUUCUGUGACAGAUGAGGACAGUGACUUUGAACACCAGACCCAAAGAUCUCAGAACAUUGCUCGGAAAAGACCUGGAAUUUGUCCAUCUUCAGUUCUUUCAAGCACCCAGUCACAGGUCAUCGAUGAAAGCAGCAGUGAUGUCAUUGUGAAGAAAAUCAAGCAAGAGAUUCCUGAAGAUUAUUACAUUGUGGCAAAUGCUGAACUAACUGGAGGAGUGGAUGGCCCCACACUCUCACUAACACAGAUGGCAAAGCCUAAAACCCAGGCUCAUGCUGGCCCCUCUUAUGUUGGGCCAGCCAAGCCAACUCCCCAUUUGGCCCCAACACUCAGCACAGAAUUGGACCUACAAAACAUCUCUGCCUCUCCACCCAUUAUUUCAAGACAGACAGUCCAGAAGCCCAUCAAGGUAUCCCUGGCUUCGCCUAAUCGAGGACUUUCUGGUAGCCAUGGGGCCAGCCAACAGGUGGCGAUUCAGAUGCCCGUGAGCACAUCCAGUACCAACAAACAGAUUAGCAUUCCUCUGUCUGCUCUGCAGAUCCCAGGACAAGAGGAGCAAGUGGCUUCUGAGGAGCUGCUACCACCUCUACCCAAUCAGGUCCCAUCCUGUGAGGUAGCCCUGUCACCCCCGCUUAGCACAGAGCCAGAAGUGAGCUCUAGCCAGCAGCAGCCCAUGGCCCUUCCCACCAUCACAACGGAGGCCACAGCACAAACAGUACCAGACCAGGAUGAAAAAGCAGCUGAUCUUAGCAGGGAACAGAAUGAGAAGACUAUCCGAAGUACUCAGACUGCUCUUCGCAAUUUCCGGGAGUUCCUCAUCUCUAAAUAUCCUUCUGAAACAAGGGAAAUUUAUGUCAUUCCUUGCAAGGAACUGGAUGAUUAUCUUGCUUCUUUCUUUGUGGAUGCCAGGCAGAAAGAUGGGUCUGAGUAUGAGCCAAACAGCUUGGCUAAUUACCAAUGUGGUUUGGAGAGGUACCUCAAAGAGCACAGGUAUGGCUACAGUAUCACAAGGGAUAAGGAAUUCAAGAGGUCGCAAGAGGCUCUGAAACAAAAGCAGAUUGAGCUCCGGUGCAAAGGUAAAGGAAACAAACCACAUAAAUCCAUGAAACUCACCUUUGCUGAUGAGCUCAUUCUACGCAAAAGGGGAUUGUUGAGCCGAUAUAACCCCGAAGGGUUGCUCAAUCUUGUCUGGCUCAACAACACUAAAGCUUUUGGACACUGUACAGGCUUUCAUGGAUCCACCUUGAAAUGGGGGGAUAUCCGACUCCGAGUAACUGAGACGGGCUUAGAAUAUUUGGAGUGGAUGGGCCAGGACACUGGUGACCUGAACACCAAGACCAAAAGAGGAGGAACUGACUCCAGAGUGUAUGCUACUCAGCAUGCUCCCCAGACCUGCCCGGUGCAAGAUUACAAAGAGUAUGCUCAGCGGAGGCCGCCGGCCAUGCGGUAUGAGGAUGCCCCAUUUUAUUUAUCCAUCAAGCCUGUAGUAAACCUGGCUGCACUCCAUUGGUACAACUGCCAGGCACUGGGCAAGAAUAAACUGGCCAAGAUGGUGAAAACAAUGUGUGAGAAAGGCAACAUCCCUGGCAGGAAAACCAACUUCAGUGUGUAUCAGAGUUGCAGCACCCUCUCUGAAGCACAAAGCAACCAGCUGGUGCUGAUAUGUAACAAUUUAAGCCAGCAAGCUGCCCAGUCCAUGGCUAGCCACUCCAGCAGUGGCAAUUUCAUAGUCUCUGCCUCAUAUGAUUCUUCCUCAGACACCACUUGACUACUUCAGGGGCGUAAGCAGGACAAUUUUGAGAGUUCAGACUUAAUUGUUUUUGUGCCCAAUAAUACACGUCAACUGUGAUUGUCAUGGGACUUCCUGUCCCAUCCCCUUGUCCCGUCUUAACUAACUUUAUAAAAAUAUAAAUAUAUAAUAUAUUUUUUUCUUUUUACAAAUAAUUCAAUAGAGAUAGUUUAGUAUUACUAACAUAGUAUUUAUAGGUUAGGACAAAAUGAAAACUACUUAUGGGUGAGUUAUUAAAACUGUAGAUUUUACACAUGCAAAGUAUAUUCAGGCAACAUAAGACAGAAAAGGAAUUCUGGGUUUUUUUGAAACUUUACCCAUGGAAAUAGUGUGUCUCCACACAAGGGCUGACCUCUCCAUUCACUUAAUCAAUGAUUUUCUUAUUUUUUUAAAAUUAUGUCCUAACCAAGAGAAGACAACACUUUCUCUGAGUGUUUUCAUUACACUUGUUUGUACUCAGUCACAUCCAGAAAAGGAAAAGCUAUUGAUAUAAACUUGAAACAAUUCCAAGUAUUUUCAUCCUUUUCUUUCUUUUUAGUCUGCUCAGAAUUUUGACUCCUGUGGUCUAUAGGAAAAGUCCAGUAUUUUUACCUAGCACCUCUUCUUUUUUCUGUGAUAAAGAGAUUUAUUUUGGAAUACUUAUAUUGCUUUCAACAAUAUGCAAAUAUGUCAUGACAAAAAGACUGUUAAUACAACUAAAUUCUACUGUUGUAAAGUGAAUGCUGAUUACCAGAGGCAGUUCUUUCUGACCUGUGAGAAUGCAGUGUCAAUUGCCCUAUAAUUAUCGUUUUUUCCAGGUAACAAAACUUCAAAUCUCUCCAUAAUCAGACUCUGUGGAAGAUCACAAUGGAGGAUGGUUGAAGGGGAAGGGUAAUUAUUUAAAUUAUAGAAGAACUAACACGGGCAAUAAGAAAUCGUCCUCUUGCAAAUGAAAAUCCUCAACACUUCCCCAUAACCACUACCCCGUUAUUAAAGUUUGGUAACACUUGCUUUGAUUUCCCUCCACUUUACCUGACCACCUAGUUGAAAUAGAAGAAUAAUUGACAGCUAAAUCUUUUCAGGUUGUACCAUUUUUAUUACCAGACAUAUUUGAAUUUAAAGCAGCUUCUUAAAUAAAUUUCUGCUAUAUUAAAUGUGAGAGUAUUCUUUAUCAAGAGUACUUUGUGAAUAUUGCUCUUUCUUAGCUUUCCAAGGAUUACACAUUUCAACUUUUGAAGCCUGUGAUUAGACCAAGUCAGAAUAUGUAAGAUACUUUAAAGCCAAACGAACAUAGGGAAAUCCCAACCCAGGGUAGCUUUUUAAAAAUAAGAAACCAAAAACACAAAGCCAUUUUCUCAGUAUGACACUGUAGCUUAGCAGAUGUAGCAACACAUUAGAUCCAAAGCUAGUUUGCCUUGGCAGCUGUCUUGGGCAUUUCACUAGUAGAGAAAUGUCUAUUCUUCAAGACAACUUUAUAAAUGAUAUCAGUUAUAUAGAGCUUAUUGGUGUUUUUUGUAUUUAUUUAGUGUAAUUCCAGGGACAAGUCUCUUCAUUGGGUUGGCUUUUCCUUUAUGUUACUAAGCCAGAAUUGAUCACAAUAAUUA